UUUAGAUUAUGUCCCCUUUCCCGCGUGACCACCGGAAGGAACUCUUCAAUGUCACUGGCUUUCCCACUGUCGUAUAUUUAUUCUUUGUUAAUGAAUUAAGAGAACAUACAUUUUGAUGUACCGAACAAUGCUGUACCGUGAAUGAUAUUCUGAUAUUUUUUAUUCUUUUGUGGAUGACAAUGUUUUGGAAAUCACCAGAAUUAUUGCAAGAUCUUUUCAAUCAAUUGUUAAUAUAUAGUAAUAAUUGGAACAUUGAAGGGAUUACUGACUAAACAAAAUUUGUGUACUUAGAAUGGAAGGCAACCAGAAAAUGUUUUGUUUUUUUUAAACACCAAUAAAGAGGUACAUUGUACAUCUAGGAAUAUAUUGUAACAAAUGAUGAUGUAUACAGCUGGGACAGUGAUAUGGCUGUUUUCUGUGAUAUUAGGAAGUGUUCAUGCGCAGCUUACUAUAACUAUGGACAGUGAUGUCUAUUGUGGGAAAGCAAUUGAUAUUUAUGAUAGGGAAUAUGUUAUAAAUGCUGGAGCAAAUUUGACAACUUCCAACCCGAAUUACCGUUGUGUUAUUACGAUUCGUUCUGGUUACACAGAUUCAUAUUACGGAAUACAGAUCACUCGGCAAAUGGUCGAUAUCAAGGAUUGUGGAGUUAAACUGAAUAUUUAUGGAGGAUCUUUACCAGGAGGAACUGCUCUGAAAAGAUUUUCCUGUUCAACCAAGAACACAGGUAUUUUGUAUUCCACAUAUGGAAUCGUUACAUUUGAGGUAAUAACUCCAGCACAGCUGUACAACCCAAGGAAUGACUUCAGUAUUAAAGUGAAAGCAUUUCAAAUUCAUGAGGCCUUGAAGGAUUCCGUAGCUCAACAAAACACGAACAUGGAUAAUCUGAACGAAACUGAUGAUGUAAACACACGUAUUGGUAAACUGCAACAACAGAUUGCUAGAAACAGUGCUAGAGUGGCCAUGACAGCAUGUCUUAUUUCCCAUCUUUUCUUAUCCAGUGGUUCUGUUGUGAAAUUUGAUGAUAUCAAAACACAUACUGGCAUUUCUAAUUUAUCCUCUUUCCGAAAUAGUGGCAAGUUUACAAUUGAGAAAGAGGGGCUCUAUCUAGUUUCUUCCUGGAUUUUGUCGCAUACAAAUCGAGCCCAGUUCGCAAUAUACUAUAACGGCAAAAGUUUAGCAAGUGCAUAUGUUAUGUACGAUGGUGAUGCCGGAACCAAUGUUGGAACAGCUACAGCUGUUGUUGCCGUUGAGUUAAAAGUAGGCGAUACUGUAUGGGUACAAACCAAAACACGCAUGAUGGUAGGUAGAGAAGGGUCGUGUCUUACAAUUGCAAAACUGAAGUAAAUACGAGAUUCGUGUUAAACACUUCGUCAAAAGUUUAUGGAGACUGUUUUAGUUUGUUUUUUUUUAAAUAAGAGACUUUAAUGUGCUUGUUGAUUUCAAAAAAAUGUUGUAGUUGCAAAUAAUUUUUAAGAAAAUGGUUUUUACUUAUUGAUAAUGUACGCAUUGUAUAUAUUUUAUUAAAAAGAAAAAUACUACUUUAUUAACACAAAAAGUCAUAAUCUAUAUAUUAUCAAUAAAUUUCUGUAUGUGAAAUCACUGGUUUAAAAACAAGUAAUUUGUAUA